CAAAGGAGGCACAGCCACCUGAGAUGAUGGACCCAGAACCAUUCUGCGGAAUCUCUGCAGGCCUUUUCAAAACAUCUUUCGAGAACUGGAUGGAUAGAGAGUUCCAGAGCUGGUAGAGGUAAACACCAGGAUAACGAAAGACCAAAGCAGUUCAUCAAAUCCUGCUCGGUAGCCCAAUUAACAGGGCUUUGCAAACUUAACAAGCACCUGGAAAGAAUGAGUCUGGCAAAGGAUAGCCCAGGUUCUGCAAUAAACUGCCGUACAUGUAUGAUGUCACUAAGGUUUGCGUGGCUUGGAGAGGACAAACCCAAUGCUGCAAGCUAUAUGGAGUGGCCAGUAUCAUGGUUCUGGAGUCUAAUAAAAAAGAUUGAUCUAGAGAACGCAAUCUAAGAAGAUAUAGGAGAUACCGCAAUAGAUCCGAUAAGGUUGCAGUGGUAGAUGACGCUUUUGCGCCAUCUCCAUUCAAACAAAUUUAAUCUACCCAUGUAAAAACAAAGGAAGAUCCCACAAAUUUGAAUUAUACCAAUAAAAAUAUUAUCAAAGAAGCUGCAAUACUGAUGUCUACGAAAUCUUUCUAGAACAUGAAGCAUAUAUAUGUAUGUCUAUACAACCAAAUUUUCAAAUUUAAUCGACUUUUGUUUUAUCACACAUUGUUGCAUUUCCUUUGUCAUAAAUAUUACGCUAUCAUGAGAGAUAAAAUGAUAAGAUUUUGACAUAACGGAAGAGCGUAAAAUACCUUGAGUACUAUACAUUCUAACGCAGUAAUACUGUAAAUAUUCAAUUAAGUGAAUAUUUGAUAUUUGAACAACAAUGUCGAAAAAAUCUCCUGACAUAAAGCUACAAAUUCUAGUAAUGUUGAGUGACUUAAAUAAUACAAAAGAUAAUUAUGAAGUUUACAUAAGUCCGAACAAUCCUAUUUGUUCCGGUUGGUGUACGACGUUUACAGGUUGGUGUAAAAGUAAGGAUACAGGUGAAAAAAUGUGUUUAGUAAUGAAGGUUGGACUUAUGAGAAAAGCUUCAACAAUGAAAUAUCGUUUUAUAAGAUUAUUUUUCCUAAAUUGGAUAGAUUUCGGAAACAAAAAAACGUGAGACAAUUUUUCAGAAAUAUUCCUCAAUAUAAAGGCUGCUAUUCAGAUGGCUAUCUUUUUUUGGAAAAUAUUGUGCCAGCUGGAUAUAGACCAUCCAAUCGAAAACAGCUAUUACACAGAGAACAAUUGGAAAUGAUUUUCAGAAUCUAUGCCAAAUUCCAUGCCCUUUCGUUUGCUUAUAAACACGAACAUCCAGACUCAUUCCAGGAAAUUACUAAAGACUUGGUUGAUAUAAGGGUGUGCAAACAUAAACAAAACGACAUAAGAUGCCUGGAGGCAGCAUAUUUAGCGGCAAUUGGAAAUUUAGAUGCCGACAUCAUAAAAACCUUCAUGAAUAUUGAUUUUAAGGAAACUGUAGCAAAUGCAAGGCAAUAUAAUGGAAGUUAUUCGUGUCUUACGCAUGUGGAUUACAGAUUAUGCAAUUUGAUGUUUAAAUAUGAUAAGACCUCCAAUAAUGCAUUAGAAAACGUGAAACUCAUAAAUUUCCAAUUGACUUGUGCCAGCACACCAGUUCACGAUCUCUCCACCAUUUUCUAUACGCAUGCAGGAAAAACUGACAUGGACAAACUUGACUGUUACCUACGGAUAUAUUACAAUAGCUUUUCCGAGUUUCUUCAAGAGCUUGGAGGCGAUCCACAACAAAUUUAUCCUUGUGCUGUUCUGAUUGAAGAGUGGAAAAUAUAUUCUGCCGGUGCAAUAGCAAUUGGUGUAGCCUUUUGGAUACAAAAAUUGCUAGACGAAAACGAACUGAGCUCAAUAACAAGCCAAGAAGAUCCAACCAAAAUAAAAUUUUGGACACCGAAAAUAUCAGAAACUCGAGAAGGACAAAUUUUUCAAAAAAGGGCAACAGAUAUUUGCAAACACGCAGUAGAGUAUGGAAUCUUUUAGUAGGAAAUAUUU